AGAUUUAUAAAAGACAUGCCAGAUUCAAGGAUUAUUUUAACCAACACAUACACAGAAAUAUUUAUUGAGUCUCUCUCUCUCUGUCUUUUGUUUUUAGAAAAAUGUGAUGAGCCCCUUGUCUCUGGACUCCCCCAUGUGUCUUUCAGCAGCUCCUCCUCCAUGUCUGGUAGCUAUUCUCCCGGCUAUGCCAAGAUAAACAAGCGAGGAGGUGCUGGGGGAUGGUCUCCAUCAGACAGUGACCAUUAUCAAUGGCUUCAGGUUGACUUUGGCAAUCGGAAGCAGAUCAGUGCCAUUGCAACCCAAGGAAGAUAUAGCAGCUCAGAUUGGGUUACCCAAUACCGGAUGCUCUACAGCGACACAGGGAGAAACUGGAAACCCUAUCAUCAAGAUGGGAAUAUCUGGGCAUUUCCUGGAAACGUUAACUCUGAUGGUGUUGUCCGCCAUGAAUUACAGCAUCCAAUUAUCGCCCGCUAUGUGCGCAUAGUGCCUCUGGAUUGGAACGGAGAAGGCCGCAUUGGGCUCAGAAUUGAGCUUUAUGGCUGUUCUUACUGGGCUGAUGUUAUCAACUUUGAUGGCCAUGUUGUGUUACCAUAUAGAUUCAGAAACAAGAAGAUGAAAACGCUGAAAGAUGUAAUUGCCUUGAAAUUUAAGACUUCUGAAAGUGAAGGAGUAAUCUUGCAUGGAGAAGGACAGCAAGGAGAUUACAUUACCUUGGAACUGAAAAAAGCCAAGCUGGUCCUCAGUUUAAACUUAGGAAGCAACCAGCUUGGCCCCAUAUAUGGCCACACAUCAGUGAUGACCGGAAGUUUGCUGGAUGACCACCACUGGCACUCUGUGGUCAUCGAGCGCCAGGGGCGGAGCAUUAACCUCACUCUGGACAGGAGCAUGCAGCACUUCCGCACCAACGGAGAGUUUGACUACUUGGACUUGGACUACGAGAUAACCUUUGGAGGCAUCCCUUUCUCUGGCAAGCCCAGUUCCAGCAGUAGAAAGAAUUUCAAAGGCUGCAUGGAAAGCAUCAACUACAAUGGCAUCAACAUUACUGAUCUUGCCAGAAGGAAGAAAUUAGAGCCCUCAAAUGUGGGAAAUUUGAGCUUCUCUUGUGUGGAACCCUAUACGGUGCCUGUCUUUUUCAAUGCUACAAGUUAUCUGGAGGUGCCCGGACGGCUUAACCAGGACCUGUUCUCAGUCAGUUUCCAGUUUAGGACGUGGAACCCCAAUGGUCUCCUGGUCUUCAGUCACUUUGCAGAUAAUCUGGGCAAUGUGGAGAUUGACCUCACUGAAAGCAAAGUGGGUGUUCACAUCAACAUCACACAGACCAAGAUGAGCCAAAUAGACAUUUCCUCAGGUUCUGGGUUGAAUGAUGGGCAGUGGCACGAGGUUCGCUUCCUAGCCAAGGAAAAUUUUGCGAUUCUCACCAUCGAUGGAGAUGAAGCAUCAGCAGUUCGAACUAACAGUCCCCUUCAAGUUAAAACUGGCGAGAAGUACUUUUUUGGAGGUUUUCUGAACCAGAUGAAUAACUCAAGUCACUCUGUUCUUCAGCCUUCAUUCCAAGGAUGCAUGCAGCUCAUUCAAGUGGAUGAUCAACUUGUAAAUUUAUAUGAAGUGGCACAAAGGAAGCCAGGAAGUUUUGCAAAUGUCAGCAUUGACAUGUGUGCGAUCAUAGACAGAUGUGUGCCCAAUCACUGUGAGCAUGGUGGAAAGUGUUCGCAAACAUGGGACAGCUUCAAAUGCACUUGUGAUGAGACAGGAUACAGUGGGGCCACCUGCCACAACUCUAUCUACGAGCCUUCCUGCGAAGCAUACAAACACCUAGGCCAGACGUCAAAUUACUACUGGAUAGAUCCUGAUGGCAGUGGACCUCUGGGGCCUCUGAAAGUUUACUGCAACAUGACAGAGGACAAAGUGUGGACCAUAGUGUCUCAUGACUUGCAGAUGCAGACGACUGUGGUCGGCUACAACCCAGAAAAAUACUCAGUGACACAGCUCGUUUACAGUGCCUCCAUGGACCAGAUAAGUGCCAUCACUGACAGCGCCGAGUACUGCGAGCAGUAUGUCUCCUAUUUCUGCAAGAUGUCAAGGUUGUUGAACACCCCAGAUGGAAGCCCUUACACUUGGUGGGUCGGCAAAGCCAAUGAAAAGCACUACUACUGGGGUGGUUCGGGGCCUGGCAUCCAGAAAUGUGCCUGUGGCAUUGAACGCAACUGCACAGACCCCAAGUACUACUGUAACUGCGACGCGGACUACAAGCAAUGGAGGAAGGAUGCUGGUUUCUUAACAUAAGAUCACCUGCCAGUGAGCCAAGUAGUGGUUGGAGAUACUGACCGGCAAGGCUCAGAAGCCAAAUUGAGUGUGGGUCCACUGCGCUGCCAAGGAGACAGGAAUUACUGGAAUGCCGCCUCUUUCCCAAACCCAUCCUCCUACCUGCACUUCUCUACUUUCCAAGGGGAAACAAGCGCUGACAUUUCUUUCUACUUCAAAACAUUAACCCCCUGGGGAGUGUUUCUUGAAAAUAUGGGAAAGGAAGAUUUCAUCAAGCUGGAGCUGAAGUCUGCCACAGAAGUGUCCUUUUCAUUUGAUGUGGGAAAUGGGCCAGUAGAGAUUGUAGUGAGGUCACCGACACCUCUCAACGAUGACCAGUGGCACCGGGUCACUGCAGAGAGGAACGUCAAGCAGGCCAGCCUGCAGGUGGACCGGCUGCCCCAGCAGAUCCGCAAGGCCCCAACAGAAGGCCAUACCCGCCUGGAACUCUACAGCCAGCUAUUUGUUGGUGGUGCUGGGGGCCAGCAAGGCUUCCUGGGCUGCAUCCGCUCCUUGAGGAUGAAUGGGGUGACACUUGACCUGGAGGAAAGAGCAAAGGUCACAUCCGGGUUCAUAUCCGGGUGCUCGGGCCACUGCACCAGCUAUGGAACGAACUGUGAAAAUGGAGGCAAAUGCCUAGAGAGGUACCACGGUUACUCCUGCGAUUGCUCCAAUACUGCAUAUGAUGGGACAUUUUGCAAUAAAGAUGUUGGUGCAUUUUUUGAAGAAGGCAUGUGGCUACGAUAUAACUUCCAGGCACCAGUAAUCAAUGCCAGAGACUCCAGCAGCAGAGUAGAGAACUCUCCCGACCAGCAGAACUCCCACCCAGACCUGGCCCAGGAGGAGAUCCGCUUCAGCUUCAGCACCACCAAGGCGCCCUGCAUUCUCCUCUACAUCAGCUCCUUCACCACAGACUUCUUGGCAGUCCUCGUCAAACCCACCGGAAGCUUACAGAUUCGAUACAACCUGGGUGGUACCCGAGAACCAUACAAUAUUGACGUAGACCACAGGAACAUGGCCAACGGCCAGCCUCACAGUGUUAACGUCACCCGCCAUGAGAGGACCAUCAUUCUCAAGUUCUUUUAAUUCCCAGAAGUUUCUUAUCAUCCACCUUCUGAAAAUAGUCUUUUGUUUCAUAGGCUCAAAUCUUCGUUUCUCCAUAAGAUUGAGGAAACAGGGAAAAUUGACCAAGAGAUUCACAAAUACAACACCCCGGGAUUCACUGGUUGCCUCUCCAGAGUCCAGUUCAACCAGAUCGCCCCUCUCAAGGCCGCCUUGAGGCAGACGAACGCCUCAGCUCACGUCCACAUCCAGGGCGAGCUGGUAGAGUCCAACUGCGGGGCCUCACCGCUGACCCUCUCCCCCAUGUCGUCCGCCACCGACCCCUGGCACCUGGAUCACCUGGAUUCAGCCAGUGCGGAUUUUCCAUAUAAUCCAGGACAAGGCCAAGCUAUAAGAAAUGGAGUCAACAGAAACUCGGCUAUCAUUGGAGGGGUCAUUGCUGUGGUGAUUUUCACCAUCCUCUGCACGCUGGUCUUCCUGAUCCGGUACAUGUUCCGCCACAAGGGCACCUACCACACCAACGAAGCCAAGGGGGCGGAGUCGGCAGAGAGCGCGGACGCUGCCAUCAUGAACAACGACCCCAACUUCACAGAGACCAUUGAUGAAAGCAAAAAGGAAUGGCUCAUUUGAGGGGUGGCUGCUUGGCUGUGGGAUGGGGAGGAGGGAAUUACUAGGGAGGAGAGAAAGGGACAAAAGCACCCUGCUUCAUACUCUUGAGCACAUCCUUAAAAUAUCAGCACAAGUUGGGGGAGGCAGGCAAUGGAAUAUGCUUGAGACUGAUCACCACAAAAAAAAAACUUUUUAAUAUUUCUUUAUAGCCGAGUUUUCCCUUCUGUAUCAAAACAAAAUAAUACAAACAAUGCUUUUAGAGUUUAAGCAAUGGUUGAAAUUUGUAGGUAAUAUCUGUCUUAUUUUGUGUGUGUUUAGAGGUGUUCUAAAGACCCGUGGUUACAGGGCAAGUUUUCUACGUUUUUACGAGCCCUUAGAACGUGGGUAUUUUUUCUUGAGAAAAGCUGAUGCACCGACAUAUGGCCCCAACACUCUCUCCCUUUUGCUUCUAGUCAACCUUAAUGGGCUGUUGUAGUAAAUAGUUCCUGUUCAUCUACUAUUUCCUUUGACGUCCUUUAAGUUGGAAAAGAAAGGGACAAAGAGAACUUAGUAUUUGCCAGUUUUCAAGCAGAACUCAAUCUGCACCAGCUCUCUGGAAUCUGGGGUUCCUGACCGAUACCAGCAGUUGAAGAGAGUACAUGGCACAUGGUGUGCAAUGACACAAUGAGCACAACUGGAGAGAGACGCUGAAGAACCAGGGAAGGUAGUUUAUAUUAGGGUUGUUGGUUUGAUUUUUCAUUGAAUUCUACUAAGCUAAUAUCGUUCCACGUACGUAGUCUUAGACCAGUUCAGUAUCUGUAACUACCUGCUGCAAUACCGUGGUGACCAGAUGUUACAAAACAUCUUUUCCCAUUUUACCUGAAACACAUUGAAUUUAUAUGUGUAUAAGCGCCUCAGUGGGGAAUUAGAGCCAGAUGUUAUGAUUUAUUUGCUCUUUUCCUUUUUUAGUUGUAACAGAAGUAUGGAUACUUUCUAGUGACUGCAUCAAUUAGGUUGCGCUUAUUUUGCUUUACAUCUCUGGUAGUUUUUCCACCCCUGUGACAAAUUCCUAACAGACAGUGUCCUAUAAAUGGACACCACACAAUAAAGCCAAGUUAUUACUGCUGUUACUCUGGAUCAUAUGGAAAACACUGCCAUAUUUUAAAUCAACUACUGCACGUGUUGUUCCAUUCAGUCACACUGCUGUGAUUCAGGGAUCUUCUAAGACGGACACAUUCGAACCUCAGGUUCCUCACAAACCUGGUACUUGUUGCUUCUCAGAGGAUGGACAAGUGUAGUUAAUCACGCCUCUUAAUCAGAAGCCUUGACCCAGUUAUUUAACAGAUAACUCAUUGAUUAUAUUUAAAAAUAAUAGACUUCAUGUAAACAAAUGGGGACAAUGCAUCCAAAAAUUAUUUUUUAAACUGAUUACACAAAAAUUGCCUCAAGAAAGACUGUCACUUCUAGGCCGGGCACACUGGCUCACGUCUGUAAUCCCAGCACUUUGGGAGUCCGAGGUGGGUGGAUCUCGAAGUCAGGAGAUAGAGACCAUCCUGGCUAAAAUGGUGAAACCCUAUCUCUACUAAAAAUACAAAAAAAAUUAGGCGGGCAUUGUGGCACACACCUGUAGUCCAGUACACAGGAGGCUGAGGGAGGACAAUCGCUUGAACCUGGGAGGUGGAGAUUGCAGUGAGCUGAGAUCAUGCCACUGCACUCCAGCCUGGGUGACAGAGCAAGACUCCACUUGGAAAAAAAAAAAUAACAAGAAAGACUGCCAUUUAUGAUCUAUUUCAAGCCUCUACUUCAUAAGCACUUUUUUAAAAAUCUUCCUUAAUCAUAUUCUGAGGAAUUAAAUAUGAUCACUUUUUCCUUCUCUGCCUGGAAGAGGUUAAAAGAAGGUCAAAUGUAUGGAUGUUAUUGUUCUGAUGGCCUGACUCAAAAAAUGGAAAUUCUAGUUUGUUAGAAUUAUGCAAACUUUUUCAAGAGUCUCAGUAUGCCUAACUUAUUGGAGCAUGUCAGUUUCUUGGGUAAUGGAAAACGUUACCUAGAGUUGUCAAUGGCACAUUACACCAGUGCAUAGCACAUUCCAAAGGAGACACUGGACCAGUUGCUUCCCAUGCAGCUCAAGGUAACAGAACAAAAGGGAAUCCUGAUGCUCUUUUACCAUUGCUGACUGAGCUCAGGCACUGUCAUGAACACCCUUAAUUUUAAAAGGUUUUAAUCAUUCUUCUAUAAAACAUUUAAAAUGAAAAAGUAUUUAAUAUCACUAAAUAUCAGAACAAUGUAACAUUUACAAAUAACAUAUUGAAAGCAAAGGCUGUUUUAUUUAGCCAAGGUGAUUACCAUUAAGAGUUAUUUUAUGUAUUAUUGAAAGCAAAUUUUAAACCUAAUGUUUUGUAAGUGUUUCUGGUUUGUUGAGUGUUUAGAUGGUGUCACCAGGCUGUAGUGCAGUGGCGCCAUCUCGGCUCACUGCCAUCUCCACCUCCUGGGUUCAAGCAAUUCUCCUGAGUAUCUGGGACUACAGGCAUGCACCACCAUGCCCAGCCAAUUUUUUUGUAUUUUUAUUAGAGAUGAAAUUUCACCAUGUUGGCCAGGAUGGUCUUGAUCUCCUGACCUCGUGAUCCUCCCGCCUCGACCUCCCAAAGUGCUGGGAUUACAGGCGUGUGUGUUUCUGGUUUUUAAACCUGGCUUACAGGCAUUACUUCUGCACUUAACAGAUAAUGCCAGAUGAAAAUAUACUAUUUCUUGGAAUUCCCAUGAUAGCUCUGUUCAUUAUUCAUUGUCACAACACUUUUCCUUUUUUCCCAAAAUGAGUAGGGGAUUAAAGCCACCCAAAACAGCUUCUGCUACUAAAAUGUUCUCAUCCUUUCUCCUCCCUCUCCUUUUCCUGCCACAAAAGGUGAAAAAUGAGAUCCAGUCCUCUCACCAACAUUUCAAACCUAGGACACUAGAAUGACUGCAGGGAUCAGUGGUUCUCCCAUUUCACCAUCAAUUAAGUCAUCGAGGACACUGUCUCUCUCUUAAAGAGGGUUCCAAUGUGACCAUCAGACAGGAAACCAAAAGGUGGAUAAAGUAUUAAGUAACUAAGUGCCAAAUAAAUGCUGGAAAUCUUGACCUCUCCUUGGGAUUCUGGAUUUAACAAAAAAUCCCUACAUCUGUUUAUGAAGGCCAUACCCAGUACAUUUUAAAUAGUAAAUAAUCUAUUUAUAUGAAGAAAAGGAAGUCUUUCUUCCAUCUCUCUCCCCGGACAGCCCAGCACAAUGCAGCCUUGAUAACUAAGACAUUACCACAAGCACCCAGUACCUAGUCCUGCCUUGUCAUUCACAUCUCACACAAUCUUGACCUCUUACAUUCCAAUACAUUAUCAAUCAAGCACAAGUAUGCUGGUAGUAGCCUCUUUAAAUAAUAUGUAUAGACCAAAAAAAAGAGGCUGUUUUGAAGUUUCAGGGAAAGUUAAUGGCUGAUCAAGGUUGUGCGGGAAACAUCUGUGUAUGAAGCAAAUAUCGAUGUUUUGAGGAGCUGAGCGUAGAUGACUUUGAAUGAAUGCAAGGUUAGUGCUAUUGUAAGCUCUCAAAAUAGAAUAUUCCCUACAGUUCAAGAAAGCUGAUCCAGGAGGUUGAAAACGUUGUUUUGUUCAAUUAUUUUCUGGCCCUUCUUAAUAUAUAAAAAUGUAUUUCCCCUUAUGACUUUCAAUCAACUCCUCAAAAAAAGAGAUUUGUUAUCUGGAAGAUUUUAUUAAAGGGCUGGAAACAAGAAUUUAGAGAGCCUUUACUAGAAAAGGCCUACUGCCCUACAUUUGACAAACAAGCAUCGUGUACUCACAAGAGCAGGAAUCCCAAGGCACAAGGAAAAGCAAUGGCCUGAGCCAAAGAGUUCAUCUUAAUGUUAUUUUCGAGCAUCUGCUGAGCAGCCACCAUAAGCAGGCUGAGAGCUGGGCAGACAGAAGCCGUCGGGAGCACUUCAGGAACAAGCGCACAGCUAUGGAACUUGUAAAUGCAAGCGUUCAGGUCGUGUCACGCAGCUUUUCUCUGCUUCUAUGAUGGAAUCUGUUCUUUUCAAUCCUACUUUUUUUCUCUUCCUCUCCUCACCACACUCUAUCCCAUAUCCUCCUCUUCUGCAGUGAGCGUUUCCAUGGCCCCUUUAUGUCUCAUGCCUCCAAACAACUAACACCGGAUUUGAAACUUCCCCUUUUUUUUCUUUUCCCUACCCUGUUGAGCAGUUUUCAGAAAAAAGGGCAGCCAUUAUCAAAUUUGAUUCAAGUCAGCCAGCCAAAGAUAGGUCCCAGUAGAACCACCUGAUCCUAAAUUGGUGAGAAACAAACAAUAACAAUGUGCCCAGCUGACUUGAGCUAAGAACUAAUGCCCCCCCCCCUUUUUUUCCACCUUUUUUUUUUUUUUUUUUGAAAGGGAGUCUUGCUCUGUCACCCAGGCUGGAGUGCAGUGGUGUGGUCUUGGGCUCACUGCAACCUCUGCCUCCUGUGUUCAGAUGAUUCUCCUGCCUUAGCCUCCCAAGUACCUGAGAUUACAGGCCCCUCGUCAUCACACCUGGUUAAUUUUUUUUUAUUUUUAGUAGAGAUUGGGUGUCACCAUGUUGGCCAGGCUGGUUUCGAACUCCUGACCUCAAGUGAUAUGCCCGCGUCAGCCUCCCAAAGUGCUGGGAUUACAGGCGUGACCCACCACCAAGCUGGUCUGGCCCCAUUUUUUAAAUGAUGUUUUGGCAAAAGGAGACCCUGAGUAUUAGCUGAUAGCAUCCUCUUUCUCUCUCCCCACCUUGGUGUGACCCUCCCUGUGUAACCUUGGUCAAGUCCUCAAACUUUUGUCCCAUAUUUAAGAUGGAGCUGUUUUACCUACUUCAUAAAACAGUUGUGAGGCGCCAUUGAUUCCUGACUGCAGAAUACCCUGAAACCCUUAUCUAAAGGCUAACGUCAGUGGAGCCUAGUGGAAGACUUGCUUUGUGGCUUGUGGUUGAAAGUCACAUCGAAACAUUAAUGUGGCCACAUUCAGGAACUGGAGACUUAACUGGCAUUGCUCUACAACCCGAUUAUUAAUCUUGCAGACCGACUUUCGACACUGGGAGAUGUAACACAGCAAAAGGACAGAGAUGAGAAUUUUUUGUGCAGAAAGCCCUAAAUUCCCAUCUGAACAUAACUUACAGCUCACCUUACCUACUCUUACACAUGCCCUCCAACAUGCUAGACUGCUUAUACAUAGGCCAACAUGAAAUACAAAUGUGACAUGUUCAUGUAGCCUAGGGACUCUGUGCCUAUUCUCCAUGUACCCUGCAUGGUAACGUUUGAAAUUUUAAAGUACAUCUCCUUCACAGCAGUACUUUUUUUCAUGAGUGGGAUAUAAAUCCCAUAUUCAAUGAAAUGGGGAAGUCACAUUGAGAAGUUGGUUAUCUCCCAUUGAGCAAAGACUGGCAGGAGAUAAUAAAUAUGGGCACACAUGUAUUAAUCUACAGCACGCAUUUACAGGUUUACUUUCCAUACAAAAUUGUGCUGUAAGAACAGUUCUAUCAAGACAGUCUGCACUAUUUCCAAGUCUCGGUUAAUGUAUAGCAACCGCUGCUUUCGGAGAUGGCUGUGAAAAGAUGGAAGAUCCUCUCGAGGCCAAGAAAUGGUUCUAGAUUUUACUGAUUCUAAGAUUUAGUUUGUCAGGUUUUUAACAUUUUUUCAGUGAGCAUGAUGACUGCAGAGGUUAGAGCUGUGAAAAGCUGGGCUAAAUAUGCUUUCUGUCAAGUCAAUUAGGAUUCCAUCCCUGUGAAAUAACGCAAAAUUUCACUCUCUAAAAGCAACAGCAUGUAAACUAGAAUGAAAGAAGGAAAUUAUGUACGUAUGCCUAAUAUUCUUUGUGAAUGUCUUUCAUUUAACUAAAAUUAUAUUAGAAGCCAGAUUGAUAAAUAAAAAAUUCAAAAUAGUUUUAAUUAUCCUAAAA